CUGGACAGAGGCAGAGCUGACCGCCGGUUACUUGAGUACUUUAGUAAAGCCGCAGGCUGCCGGGCUCACAGUCAGGUCAGCUGACGCUGCUAAUGGUCAGUGGUAAAGGACACUUUUCCACAGCCACCCGCCCCUCGUCCCCAGCGCAUCUCGAGCUUAUCAACACGGAAUCCAAGAGCAACUUGAUGAAUAUUCAAAGUUUCCGUCCUCGGUGGCUAACGAAAGGAGAAAGUUCGACUGGCGUCAUUUUUUUAAACAUUUGUCAGAAAUCAAGCUGCCAUCGAACAGAGCUCUCGCGAGGAUAAAUCUCCAGGAAAGUGCGGUUUUUAAUCUAUCGUCCAUACUCAGUAGCUCGUUAGGCUUUUUUUUCUUCUUCUUCUUCUUUUUUUUUUUUUUUACAAAGUCACAGGCGUUUCGGCGCUGCUUUCUUCCGUUGGAAGAUCGGAACAUCUUAAAAAUGUUGCUUGAACACCCGGGGUCAAGCUGUCAAAACACCGGAAACUUCUCCCGGUACAGUUCAGGCCAAGAAAUCCCAGUAUGUGCAGGCUGCAGUCAACACAUCGUGGACCGCUUUAUCCUCAAAGUGCUGGAUCGCCACUGGCACAGCAAGUGCCUGAAAUGCAGCGACUGCCAGGCGCAACUGUCGGAGAAGUGCUUCAGCAGGGGCGACAGCGUGUACUGCAAAGAGGAUUUCUUCAAGAGAUUCGGGACCAAAUGCGCAGCCUGUCAGCAGGGGAUACCGCCCACACAGGUGGUGAGGAGAGCGCAGGACUUUGUUUACCACCUGCACUGUUUUGCCUGCAUCGUGUGCAAGAGGCAACUGGCCACAGGUGACGAGUACUAUCUGAUGGAGGACAGCAGGCUGGUGUGUAAGGCCGACUACGAGACCGCCAAACAGAGAGAAGCAGACUCGACUGCAAAAAGGCCACGAACAACCAUCACUGCUAAACAGCUGGAAACGCUGAAGAACGCUUACAAUAAUUCUCCCAAACCUGCCCGACAUGUCCGGGAGCAGCUAUCAUCAGAGACGGGCCUGGAUAUGCGGGUUGUGCAGGUUUGGUUUCAGAACAGGCGAGCUAAAGAGAAAAGGCUGAAGAAAGACGCCGGUCGGCAGAGGUGGGGGCAGUAUUUCCGCAACAUGAAGAGGUCACGAGGAAGCUCCAAAUCGGACAAGGACAGCAUCCAGGAGGAGGGCUUGGACAGUGACGCCGAGGUGUCCUUUACAGAUGAACCACCAAUGUCAGAGCUUGGCCUCACUAACGGCAUCUACAGCAGCCUGAGUGAGUCCUCCCCAGGCAUUGGGGGCCGCCAGGGGGGCAAUAAUCAUAGCUCCUUCCCCCUAGAGCAUGGCGUCCUCCCCUCUCAAGACCAGUUCCACGACAUCCGCUCCAACAGCCCCUAUGGCCUUCCUCAGUCGCCGGGGUCGCUUCAGGCGCUACCCAGACACCAGCCUCUCAUCUCUAGCUUGGUCUACCCUGACUCCGGCCUUUCUAUCAUGACCCAGGGCAGCGGGCCUGGGAUCAACCCUGCCGUGAGGGUCUCCAUGGGGGCCGCCAACGGCCCCAGCUCGGACCUAUCGACUGGCAGCAGCGGAGGAUACCCUGACUUUCCUGCCAGUCCUGCCUCCUGGUUAGAUGAAGUGGACCACGGGCAGUUUUGAUUGGUCAACAACUAGAAAUUUGACUUUUUUUUUCUUUGGGUUUCUGUGUCUUCUUUUGGAUUUUAGGAAUUGGAAAAUAGUCACACAGGACAGUGAUUGUGCAAAGGACUAGACUGACCUUGGAUCUCGCAAACAUCUGAUUAACAGGUCCAUUCAAUAUCUGGGAUCAGGAUGGAAGGAAGGAAGGAGAAAAAAUGUCCUUCAUUUACAGCACUUGGCCUAACAACUGCCCCUCAGUAGUUAAACCGUAUUUAAAGCAAGACAUCUGUCAAAAUAUUCAGUUUUCAGAUACCACUAUAAGCUUUCUCAAAACAAUGAGACUCACUCGAUUAUUCAGAUUUGCACCAACUUGCCCUCUUUAUUCUCAUCUCGUUGUUUUCUACACUGUGUUCAUGUGCAGAAUUCAGCACAACGUUCAGAGUCUUUAAAUGUCUGGUUGUUGCCAAAUGUCGAUAUAUAUAUAUAUAUAUAUAUAUAUAUACUGUAUAUAUAUAAUGGUUAUCAUUGUGGAGACUUUAUUUUUAUACAAACCCCUUCCUGGACACGAAAAGGAACCCAGAUAUGAGGACUUUGUACAUUCUUAAACAGGGAUAUAGGCAAAAUGUAGAUGUUGUCUUAAAUGGUACCUAGGGGUCCAAUUACUUCUAUGCAUUUGUGUGUUCUCAGAUGUAUCUUGUUCGAUUUGUUCUACCGAAAACAACCCCAAGGAAGAACUUGCUGUAGCACUCGGGGUUUGAUGUAUAUGUUUGUUUAUGUGGAAAAUGUUUUAUGUCUUAUUUAUUCCCUCUGGUAAUGAUGACAAUGAUGAUGAUUCCUGAUUAAAUGACAGGACUUUAAUAAAUUUGUCACCUAAAUCAA